AUGGAGAGAGGACAUUUUUACUUAAAAGAACAACUGGAGAAUGACCAGUUUAACAGGAGCAUACAAGAGGAGUACAAGCAAAGGUUUGGAAUAGCUACUAAAAAUGAUGACCAUGUGGAGGAGACCUUGGUGGAUGCUCCUUCCAGAAGGGGUGCCCCCACCGAAGCGAAGAAACCACCCCUGCAGAAGUACGUUUCCCCAUUUAUCGACUUAGGAAAAAGAUUCUACUCCUCUCUGACGUUGUUCUACGAACCCAAGUUAAUCCACUUGUCCAUUUUGUUAACGACCCUGUGGGCUUUUAAAAGCAUUAAGUGCAUUAACCAGUUGCUUAUCCAUAAGUAUGCCGACCUGCACUAUCAAAUAACUCGUCCCGACUCACUCAGGAGUAGGUACAAAGCAUUCAAGGUGUUAGCCCUAGGGGGGUCUGUUCUCCCUGGAUGCUUUAUCGGUUUUAGUCUGUAUGAUUUCUACUGGGGAAGGACCAACUCGGUUCUCAUUCCAAAAAACGAGGGGUCCUCCCCGGGGAAGAAUGCUUCUCCUCUUAUCCCAUACACCCUACGGAGGGACAUAUCGAGAAAGAUGCGCCUGCUGAAGGAGAAAACCCUCUUCUUCGCGAAGGACCUGGCCGAGAAUAACAACUUGAAAAGGUUAUCCAAGGAAUACCACAGAAGCCUCGACCGGCGUCUGCAUGGCCUCAGCGUAAAGAAGGACCCGAUGGAAUAA